GUGCACGGCCUUCAAGCCUAAUCAUGAGCAGGAACUUUUUGUCCAGAAAUGAUGAACUCCGCAGGGGUGACUACCUGGUUUCAAACAAUGGGGAGUGGAAGGCUGUCUUCCAGGAGGAUGGCAACUUUGUCAUCUACGGCUGGAAGCCAGUGUGGGCUUCAGACACUGAUGGAUCAGAUGCAAUCCGUCUGUGCAUGCAGGCCGACUGCAACCUGGUCAUGUACAACAAGAAAGACGAACCCAAGUGGCACACGAACACCGCCUCAUCCAGCUGCAACAUGUGCCGUCUUACCCUGACCAAUGAGGGUAAACUGACGGUGGAGAGAGAAUGUGCAGGUCUUUGGGAUUCCAGUCAAAGCCGUGGCAUGAAAUAAAAUCAUUACACAAAGCCCUUGAGGGAAAGCUCUGCAUGCUCUUUGAAUGUCAAUGCAACCCAGGCUCAAAUAAAGCAACCAUUUUUCACAAA